AACCCUUUUCUCGUGUCAUCCGGUCAAGAAAUGUGGGACACCGUCAGUAUGAGAGUGAAUGCCACUAGUGCUUUGUUUUCACUUUAUUAUUGCGCAAUUUCAAACCCACACGCAACAUGGACAGUUUUGCUUUCAUUUACAGGAAUGACCGAGACACUGAAUGUCAGACAUGCACUUCAGUUGACAGGUGUGUCCCACAAAAGAAUGUUUUGCAGUGCAUCAGUUCUGCAUGUCUGACAGCAUGUUGUUAUAUGACGCGAACUUGACAUCAACGAGUGUAUGUGCUGGGGAGGAACCAGAUCCAGAGUUACUGCUGUGUAAUACCAGACCUACGAAGUCAUGCGACGCCCUUUGUUUCAUGGUUUACCACCGCGAAAGAUCAUUCUCUCGCUCUCGGGAGUUCACACUGAUCACGUAGAAAAAAGCAUUUAGGGCCACCGUAACUUCAAGAUCUUACACGGUAAAUACACACGUACUCAUAUAUAUUGACUAGAUAAGAGCGAAACACAGGAGCAGGAAGUUGCUAAACUAAAUCAGUAAAAAGGAUAUGGAAUGCUGUCAGAUUAAAAUAACCAGGAACAGCAGCUGCACUUUCGUUUUCAGUGUCUCUCCUCUGGGUUCAGUGGUGUAAAGCUGGAUCAGCAAUCUGCUGGCUCCACGGGGUCGAACUGAGAUCGGACAAAAUGGGCUCCUGGAAUUCUACGCCAGCUACUGCAACAACUACGACCACUGCCCAGCACAAGACCGCUGCAGUGGAGAAAUGCUACGACCCGAAAGACCCCAACCUGAAGUUUGUGGAGCGAGAGGACGAGAUGGACGUCUUGUGUGUCGGCUACAAGUCUCCGAGAGCGCUGAUGUCCUGCGGUCACUCCGUCACCCCCAUGUCACUCACAAGUUACUGCCGUCAUUUAUUGGAAGAGGGGCGCAGCAAGUUUGUGUGUGCUGUGUGUGAGGAAGAAUGGUCCUUCCAGGAGGUUCAGAAAAUGGCUCUUCUAACUCCUCAAGAGGCUGAUGACUUUGAGAAGAUGAUGUGGGAAAACUAUAAAGAGGAAUUUGAAGUCAAAUCUUGUCCAGGCUGCAAGUCUUCUUUCCUGAGAACCAACCUCAACGACCUCAGUGUCAAAUGCACAGUUUGCAGUGCUGGUAGAGUUGGCAUUUACAUCUUCUGCUGGCAGUGUUUGAGGGAGUGGAGAGGUCCAGCUCCUCGAGCAGACUGUUGUGACAAUGAAGGUUGCAACAAAACAGUACUGGAGACACUGAAGAACUGUACAAACAUUGUCUUUCAAAGUCCAGGCUUGGAUAACAUCACCAAUUGCCCCUCAGUACGAGCCUGUCCCAAAUGUGGUGUCCUGGUUGAGCACAACAAAUCCGGAUGCAAGUAUGUCGUCUGCCGCCGUUGUAAAGCAAAAUUCUGCUUCAUUUGCUUGAAGAUGGAAAAGGACUGUUACAGGCGAUUUAGCUGGUUUGAUCCCUGCAGUGACGGUGUGGCUCCCAGACAAACUUCCAUUCCUGGUCGACGGCCUGUUUGAAGGCAGCACGUAUACAAUGGCUACAUUUG